AUGCACUUCCUCAGAUACAUCAUGAUCGUUGGCUACUGCCUCCGCCUUUCAACUUCUGUGCCUGUCAAAGAAUCUGUUCCUGAGUACUACGAGAAACUAGUAAGUUACGCCAAAUUGGCCUCUGUUGCAUACUGUCUUGAUUUCGGGCUUUCUGAAGGUGAGCUAGGCACCGAAAGCAGCGGUUGUACUCUACCCAUCUGCCUGGAGCCAGAGUUCGAAAGCAUUAAAAUCUUGAAAUUGUUCGACUCAAACAAAUGGGGCCAAAUUGGUUCCGGUUUCUAUGCCGUUGACCAUGAUACCAAAAGGAUUUUGCUUGUGUUUAGAGGCACAUACACUAGAAGAGACUAUGUGAGUGAUCUUGAUUUCAAGCCCGUCGCAUACACUCCGUUGGAAGUAAUCUCAAAAAAAGAUGACCGUGAUUGUGAAGGGUGCAAAGUACACAGAGGGUUCUACAAAUAUUUGAAACGGAAUUGCGAGAAGAUCAUAGAAAAUUUGGAGAUCUUGAUGGAUGAACAUGAAGAUUACCAGUUGGUGAUUGUGGGCCACUCCUUGGGGGCUGCACUAGCCAUAUUGACCGGAAUCGAGUUUCAGUUGAUGGGGCACGAUCCGUUGAUCAUUAGCUAUGCUGGUCCCAAAAUUGGAAAUCAGAAAUAUGUUGAUUACGUCAACUCUUUAUUUGAUAUUGAGAGCGUUACUGAAAGAAUCGAGAACGAGAAUUUCAUUGAAAGUGGCAUAAUCAGAGUGGUUCAUAAAGGGGACUUCGUUCCAGCAUUGCCUCCAUCGCCAUUGUUUCAAACUGACGGUUACGAAUUUACCAUUGAGAAGAAAGAGCUUCCCCAUUUGCCCACAGAUGUGAUGUUGAAAGGGCCUCAUUUUGAAGGUAUAAGUCCUAGCUUUAGGGAAAGUAGGUCCCCCAACGAAUUGUGGUCUUCAUUAAUCAGAAGCUACGAACACGCACACUAUUUUGUGAGAAUCACUGGAUGUGGCGAAUCUUAUUGA